AUGAGAAGUAGAACAAAAGCUGGAAAUCUUCUAUUUGAUCCUGAGAUAGAACGCAUUGCUCGAAGGAAUAAUAGUAGAAAAAGAAAGCAGAACCAUAAAUCUAGAGAAGUUACGAAGGCAACUUCUACUUCUACUGAACAGGUUCUCUUUUCCUCAUCUGAUAAAGAGGAUGAAGAAAUGGCUGGGAACCAUGAUGAUGGAUGUGAUCAGGGUCGACGCACUCUGGAAGACUAUGCUUCAUUUCCAGCAUCGCUGAAUUUCAUUAGCAUAGAUCGACCAGUUGUGAAUGCUGUAAAUAUGGAAAUGAAGCCGGCCUUGAUUCACUUAGUUCAAGUUAUUAUGGCUUCCGAGAAAGAGGUAACAAUCCCUUUGAGAUACUGUGUGGACGAUGAAAAAAGGCGUGUAAUUGUGGCGGAAGCAACUGGGGAUUUCAUAGAUGUUCUCUUCAGUUUCCUCACCCUUCCAUUGGGAACUAUUAUUCGUCUUGCCAACAAAUUUGAACAACGUGUAGAGCUGGGCUGCGUCAAUAAGUUGGAUCAGAGUGUUGAUAAUUUGGACUCUGAUGUUUUCUGGAACAACGUCUGCAAGAAAAUGUUGCUUUCUCCGCGCAACCCAUUAGAGAGCUCUUACCAGAGACUAAAAGUGAGAGUGGAUGAUACAGAACCGACAAGGUAUUUCAUGUGUCACACUUGUUCAAAGGAAAAGGAUUUGUUGAUGAGUACCUUUGAUGGAGCAAAGUGCCAGUGUGGGAAAUUGAUGAAAAAAGAAACGAAGCUGCUGGUAGAAUCCAAGGAAGAGCGAGCCAAGGACAAUGGUGUUUUUGUUAAACCAGAUGCCAUGUUAUUGAUCUUUGAUGACCUGAGAGUACUCCGAAGCUCUCCAGAUAUUGAGCAUACUAAAGCAAGCAUAAUCUCCAAAUCUCCUCUAAGUGAUGUAUUAUUGGAAAAUAGAGGAUCGAAGAAAUACUGUUUCUCUGGAGAUACCGGUCCAGUUCAUUGGAAAGGUUCUGUUGAGAUGAAGGUAAUGGUGAGCAAAUCAAAGAACAAGAUUUUGUUUGCUGAAGCAGAAGGAGAUUUUGUUGACUUUCUAGUCAGCUUCCUCACAAUACCUAUUGGAUCUAUUAUGAAGGUUAUGAAAGGCAAAUUGUGCUUGGGAAGCAUUGGUAACUUGUACACAAGUGUGAAGGAUCUGAAUCCAUCAUGGUUUGUGGGAUCAUCUAACGAGUCCUUACUCAACAUAAAGAUCGCUCCUCAUUUUGGUUGUAAGAGCAAUCCAUUAGAAGAGGAGGAUUCUCCUCAGUAUUGGUAUGGCCCUGUAGUGCAGAAACAUAAUGAGGGGCGUACCAUGAUUUCAAAUAGAAAAGAUAUGUUACGAGAUCCAAAAAAAGUGAAGCUUUUUGACCCAAGAUCUAUUGAUGGAGCAAGAGAAGCUGGUGUGGGAUUUAUGAAAAGACCAUGUCUAUUUGUUGUGAGUGAUGAUCUGAAAGUGAUACCAAUGACAACUGCUUCUAGCAUUUUAUAUCUGAAAGAGCUUGGGAAUGGCAAGUUGAAUGAUUUGGAGGAACAUUAUGUUAAAGUAAGAAAGUCACAUGAGGUAAUAUUCACAAUCCCCUCUUGA